GCCUUAAACAUGUCGUGGUCGUGCUCGUCGCGCGCCGUGGUCGCCAUGCAGCUGGCCGCCUGGAGCGUGGCCGGCGUGCUGCUGCUGCACCGCGGACUCUCCACGCUCGCCAAGGACUCGCGCCUACACGCAGAGGCAUGGAAGGAGGCGCUGGCCAACCGCAGGGCCAGCCGCGUCACACAAGGCGGCGCCCAGACGGCCGGCGUAAACGGAACCUCCUGGGAGUGGGACGGCGGCGGCAACUCUACAUUGGAGGUGGAGCCGGCGUUCAACGACUCGCUGGCGCUGCCGGACUACGGAGAGGGCUGGAACGGCACGAACGCCACCUCCCUGGGGGAGAUGCCGGCGCGCAAGAUGCGGCCCACGGCGCUCGUCUACGUCGCCCUGGGGCUGCUCGUGCUGGCCGUGGGGCCCGCCAUCGUCGCCUUCAAGAGCUGCGACGAGAGGACGCGGCCCGCCUUCCAGAAGGUGGUAGCGCAGGACGCUCAGGAGGUGGAGGCUCCACCCAGCUACGAGUCGGCGGUGGGCGAGCCGGCGCCUCGCUACUCCACGCUGUUCGGCUCCCAGCUGCGGCUCGACUUCCUGGCGACGCCACCCCCACCACCCCCGCCGCCUCCGCCACCACCACCGCCGGUGCCGCCCGACGCUGACUCCUACAACCUGCACGAGGUGACGGCUUCGACCGCGCUGCUCGUCGCACCACCGUCGUGCUGCGAAGACUGCCGGAGGAACUCGUAGCCCAGCGCGCUACGCGUCGCGUUAUUUAUUACUCUGCACUGACUCUUCUGGACUGACGGCUAGACUUUCAGCAGCUAAGCUGGGAGCGAUCCGUGGACUACACUAUAUCAGAGGAGAGGGUGCUGCUGGAAUAUUCCCAGCUUUUCACGGAACGACCACAGUUGGAAUAUGAACAGCACACGUCCAACCAACAUAACCGUAUUCCUGAACGACGUAGUCCAUACCUCGUUGUCGCGGCUUUCCUAGUCUAUUUUAGAAUACCUCAUCACAUGAUAUUCUCCUCAGUUCUCAACAGAAUGUCUUAAAGUCUACCGUGUCACGGAAAUUAUGACCUUUCAGCAGUUUCUUCAGGUUAGGGAACAAAUGAUAGUCCGAAGGGGGCAGGUCAAGUUAGUAUCGAAGAUGUUCGCCCAAUUAUAAACAUGGGGCUUCAAUUUGGCACGUAUUGGGACGUAUGUAAAAGUGAAUUGUCGUACAACAAAAGGAAGACUUUGCUUAACUAUGCAAGGAUUUUAAUCUUAAUAACCUCCUUCAAUUGGUCGAGUAGGCAGUUGUGAUUCCCCCUGGUUUUACUACAGCCUCGCGGUAGGUAAUCGAGCAGUAGUGUACCGCCUUUGUCCAAGAAGAUGGACGUCGUUUCUUUAUCGCCUCAUGUUCUGGUGCGAAACUUCUUCGAUCAUGGGUUGUACUACGGGGUCAUUUCUGCUUUAGGCACCUUAAACAGGGAGCCAGGUUUCAUCUUCGGCCACGUGAUUAGCCAAAGAAGUCAUUUCUGGCAACAAAAUAGGCCGAAACAGCUGCGGGCGUUGCGGCUCAUGCCGCCUUGUUUUCAAUAUUGAAACAUUUCAGCGCCGACUUCCCUGAAAGCUUCCUCAUGCUUAGGAUAUAACUAAGGAUGAAACCAGUUAGGCCCCGGAGGGAUAACCAAAGUCUCGCCUAUCGUUUUGUUAGAUAUCCGCAGGUCAUUAGUAACCAGUUUAGGGGCAACAUGACUUAUUGUCGGGUCUGCUGUGGUUGUGGGAUGCGCACUGCGAGCGUUCAACAUGAAUGGUGAAUUGUUUGGUGUUCAGAAGAGACACCCAUGGUCUCAAAGUGCAAUAGGAUGAAAGCGUUUGCAAUAGUGUUUGUAGCAUCUCAGUGUGAAUGUCGUUUGGAGAUUAUCUUGGAGAAAAGAAAACUUCAUGAAGCCUCUUGUGUCUUAACCAUCUCACAUUCUAUCUACAAUUAACGAUACAAGAACAGAAAACGUAUGGUAUUUCCAUAAGAUAUGAAACAUUCAUGUGGUGCUAAAUACAUUUUUCAGUUCCAAUUCUAGUGAGCCAAAGGCAUGAACUUUUCAGCCCCCUCCUCCUUUUCGAAACUCUCUGAGUGCCAAGUGUCAGGACAUAGUGUCUCUGUUCUCUUUUCACUAUAUCGCUACUUGUAAUACCGUAGCUUACUGAGUAGUCGAUUGAACGACACCAUCCCAGAAAAACAUCGAAUCCUUAAAAAAGACGAAGGUGCCGCUGAGGAGAGACAAACCGAGGGGUGUACGAGUCACUGUGACGUCACCGACAUCUAGAACGAACAACUUAAUCCCGUAUGAAUGCUUCCCGUAUUACAUACGCUGAACACGCUGACACUUGGUGCUCGCCGUUACAGAACGGGUGGAAUGAAAUUUCUCUUAUUGAUGAUGAAAUGAUUUUCAUAUAUUUCAAACGACGCAUUUGCUUCGAUAUCUCGAUAGAUAAAAAUGUUUCGAUUAUUGACGACAUUUUGCGUAUAACACUUGAUACAAUAUUGUUUCAAUAUCCAUAAUGAUUUUGAAAUAUCAGGGGAGCUAUGGUUAAAAGGAAUUCCAGUCUAAAUUCUUGGAGAGAGUGUUUAAAAUGCACCACGCUGCUAUAUCAAUCUCUGCAACACAACUGAUGCUGUUACCGAGAAGACCACAUCCAUUCAGCUGCUUUAUGGUCAGUCUUAUCGAUGGUACUCAAAUACUAUAGUCUCUCUAUUUUAGAGAAUGGUCAGCAGCCCACGUACCGUGUUCAGCAAACUGUAGAGUGCGUAGGUAAUCAACAUUUGAGUUUGUAAUGUAAAAGGAAACUUGAUUAUAUCUCAGAGUACAUUACUCAUAGGAGGAAAUGAACAAAAAUUAUUCCUGGAAAGUAAGUUUCCCCUGAUAAAUAUCUGAAGAAAAAUCGUAUGUUAAUUACUAGGGCAGUAGUGAGAACGAGUCUUCGAUAUAUAGACCAUCUGCACAAAACAAUGAUUUUUGUCUGUAACUAUAAUAAAAGAAUUGCGAAAAUUCAAAUUCGUUGCGAGAAGCUCAGUCAUUAGCCGUGGGAAGCUGAAGUGUUCCACCUUAGACUGUUAUGUUUGAAAACGGUAGCAAGUCAUGUUAAAUACAAGUGCAGCAAGUUGAGACAGGCAAAGAACUUCCAGACUUCAGCAGUUUAGUUGUACAACACGUAUAAUUUAUCACCAGUAUUUGCUGAGAUGUAAACAGAGAAAAGUAUUAGGAACGAGAACGGCACAGUUUGCUUUAGCAUCGCCCUCGUCAUUGGCUGCUUAAUUCGAACCGCCUGUCGUAACGGUGAUAAGUCGAAUAGCUAUGAGCAUCCAUUCUGGAAAAUACGACUAUUGUCGCAGAUCUAACAGAUCCUUUUCAGGCUAACCACAAUACUCAGAAGUAUUAUUAGUCAAUUAAAGUUACAAUUUCAGUUAAAGAUACAAGAUUCUAGUAAGCAAGAGGUGUUAUGCGAGGUUUAAGCGGCUCUACGAUCUUGAUUGAUUACAAGAAUAAUAUCAUAACAGGAAUGAGUGUCGUAGUUGCUUCAAUUCAACACAUUCAGGAGGUGUGAUGGUAUUAUAAUGAGAAACUUGUGAAGAAAUGUUUUUAUUUACUCAUUCAUCUUAAUUUGUACAUUCGCGAUGUAAGUUAAGUUUUGCACAGAAAUUAUUCGAGUAUUGUAAAUAAAUGUCUUUUUUAAAGAUAAUAU